AUGAAGGAAGAGACAGGGGCGAGAAAGAGCGAGCCCCAGCCGUUGAGGUUCGAACAGAUAAUCGAGCUGCUGGAGUCGACCGCGGCGGACUCGCCUCUCAUCUCGCCGGCGGCUCUCCUGUGCCGGGUGGAGGGCCUGCUGCUGCGAGGGACUGGGGCGACAAGAGCGGACGCCUUGCUCGUGGACCGCUGGUUCAACAAGCUCUUGCACUUCUCGCCAGCCACUGCUUCUGGGAGCGGUGGCGGCGAUGGGGAGGCGAAAGGGGCUCGAGAGACGCCGAGCCGAGAUCGCCGUUCGUUUUCUGAUGGCGACGGCGGUAGUCAGAGCCGAGAACAGCUUCAACAGCAACAGCAGCAACAACAGCAUGAGGUUGCGUUUAAUACGAGGGCGGUGUGUGAUAUCGGCGAGGGAAUCGCAGGCAUGGCGGCGAUGACCGGACGGAAGUUGCGACUCAAGGAUUGCUCCACGCGGCAACAACGGCGGCGAGGAAAGGCCUUGUACGGCACCGAGUACACCAGCGGCAGCGUGGUGUGCUGGCCGGUCUCAGCGCUCCCUACAGAAGUGGGAGUUACGCGAGCGGAAGCAGAAACCUCCGCGUUCGAGCAGUUGGAGGACGUGGACGGAGAUGACGAAACGGAGGAGGCGAGGCCAUCGCCGGGCCCCGCGGAGAGGGUGCUAGCGGUGUUGCAGGUCCACUGCGCGGACGGCGUGCUCUCGGCAGCGGCGGUGGAAGCCCUGCACGGCCUAGGGAGACUGCUGGUGCCGCUGCUCACGGAGGCUCUGGCUCGUGACGAGGAGUACAUGCGCCGCCGCUCCACCGAGGCGCUGCUGUCGCUGAGCAUCAUCAGUCCGCGAGACGUGGGCCUGAUCGCGAUGGUCGAGGAGGUUGUCGAUGCGGCGCAGGUAAUGACGGAAGCGGAGAGGGUUUGCCUCUUCUUCGUGGACGACGCGGAGCACAAGCUGUGGGUGGCCACGUCGGUUGGGUUCGAGGACCCCAAGAUCAAGAUCGGGGAAGGCUUGUGCGGGCACGCGGCGGCGACCGGAGGGACCGUGAACGUGAUCGACAGCUACGAGGACCCCCGCUUCGUCGGGCGGUGGGACAAGCAGACCGGCUUUGUCACCAAGGGGGUAUUGUGCGUGCCUAUCCCACCUCCAGCCUACGCCGCCGCCUCGGUCGCUUCGCGGGCAGCAGCAGGCGGCAACGGCGGCGGCCGCAGGGCGGCGGCGAGACCCCUGGCCGUGCUGCAGCUGAGCAACAAGCGAGGCAGGGGCGUCUUCAACGAGCACGACGAGAACGCGCUGAUUCCGGACAAGAAGAUGUGGAGCUUCUUGCGCGCGGUCGAGCGGCGGUAUCCGCCCAACGCCUUCCACAACCUGACCCACGCCGUCAGCGUCACCCACGCGUCCUUCACGAUCGUGAAGACAUCCCGGGCCGACUCGUUGCUCCGUCCGCUCGAUAAGCUGGGCCUCCUCGUCGCCGCGUUCUGCCACGACAUCGACCACCCAGGGAACAACAACGCCUACGAGGUGAACUCCGUUUCGCCGCUGGCGCUACAGUACGGCGACAGCUCGGUGUUAGAGCGUCACCACGUCUUCGUCACGUACCAGGUGCUGCUCGAGGAAGGCGGGGCGAACAACAUCUUCUCGGGGCUGACGCGCAUCCAGUUCCGAGACGUCCGCCAGACCAUCGUGCAGGCCAUCCUCGGCACGGACAUGUCCGGCCACAUGCAGCACUGCGCGGACGUCUUCCAGUUCGCGCUCAAGGCGAAGAGGCUGGCGGCGGGCGGCGGAGAGAGGCAAGACGGGCUGCUGAGGGUCCCGCAGAAAAAUUUCCAAGCCGGAGGUGGAGGAGGAAGAGGAGGAGGGGGCGUCGGCGCAGACCGCGCGGCGAAGAGCCACACCCGCCCGAAAGCGACGGCCGCCCGUGAAACGUCAGGGUUUGCCGAGGGUAUGGAAGGGGCACGCGGCGAGGGUGUGGUGUUGUUGGCGCUGGCGCGGGCGCCCCCGUCGGUGUUGCCGUCGCCGCCGCCGGAGCAUAUACUUAGCGUGGACAAGGCCGAGGACCGAUCGUUCCUCACCAAGACCAUCCUUCACUGCGCCGACCUUUCAGGUCAGGUGCUGGACAACCACCUGGCCUUGGAGUGGGGAAGGAGGAUCCUGGACGAGUUCCGAUUGCAGGCCAGGCUCGAGGCUAACACGGGCUUGCCCCGAACAACGGUGGCCAGCGGAGACCUGGAGACCACGAUAAAGGGGCAACACUUCUUUGCAGAAAAGAUCGUGAAGCCUCUGUGGGAGCCUUUCGUCGCGCUGUUUCCCAAGCUCAAGCCCCUCCUCAAGAGCCUCAACAGGAACUGCGAGUACUACCGUCAGGAGGGGCUGCGGCUUGAGCGGCAACGACUCUCGGCCGCCUCCGACUCCCGACGCCCGCAACAGAAAGGGCAGGAAGGAGGAGGAGGAGGAGGAGGCAGUACAAGCGGCGACAAGAACGGCGGUCGCGGCGACAACGGCGACGGCGGCGACGGCGGCGGCGGCACCGGCGACGGCGGCGACGGCGGCGGCGGCACCGGCGACGGCGCGGGCGUAGGCAAGGAAGCCGUCGCAAAGGCCGGCGGACGAGAGCGACAGGCCAACUGCAACGACGGUGGCGGUGGUUGAUCAUCGACAUGUACAGUCAGCCCGCUCGCUCGCCGAGAAACACCCGCGGGGAAGAUCAGGUGCGCGACGAGCGGCUGCAGUCUUGGGAGCGGCGAGUGGGGGGACGAGGGGAUCGGGACUACCGGGUGUUUCAGAGGAGGAGUAGGAGGAGGAGGCAUGUUUAGACUGGUGUAAUAGCGGAGAGUUCGAUGGUCUUGGCCGCUUACCGCCGUGUAGAGAAGUGGUGCCCUGUUUGAACAGUCCGCCCUGGUUUAUUGGAGAACGACCGCGGGUUUCCACCUGUAUCGAGACGAUGGCUGUAAGCAUGCGGGGCGACCCGAGGCUGUUCCGUUACCUGUACAAGAAACAUAUGUAAACCCAAGUGGUGGAAUCUAAAUGUUGUUAAAAGCUAAACGUUGCUCUCAAGCCGAAGUGGUGGGACGUAAAUGCUGUUGAAAGCUAAACGUUGCUCUCGGAGAAACACCCGAGAAGGAUUUAUGUUUUGUGCAGAAAAACAGGUUGUCACAGGAAUGGCUCGUCGCUAGGGUAAACAGCGCAGAAUCGAACCUUACAACAUACUCCACACUUUCGGCGUGACUUGCACAUGCCCGCUUGCGAAGGCAUGCGCGCGAAGUGUUUAGCAUGUGUUAGCACGUACGUCUUGCAUACAGUG